AUUCGUUGCCGCGUCCGGUCCACCGCGUCGACCUCGUCGAUCCUUCCACACGAUGCCCAUAUGAUUAAACCGACAGACAUGUUCACCUUGGGAAUCGGCGAUUUCAUGCCGUCACCGCCACCCCACCCUCGAACGAUUCGGCGGAAGCGCCAUCCGAUCGGAGACUUGAAGCCACUGACACUAGUACCGCUGGCCCCACGUGACGAUUCCGUACCGAGUGACGACAUGCCGUCGCCACAUCGACCACUCGCGCCACCUUCGCCCAUGCUAGCCGCGGGAGCUACUUUGGCCACGAUUCCACCAGAUGACGGCAUUCGCCGCACGCAGCUCUUUCAGGACCUAUGCGCCAUUGAAUCCCAUCUGACCGACGACGAUGAAGCUGCAACGACUCAGAUCCUCAAGUCGCUCCAGAUGGCCGUCUCGCCGCAUGCAGACUGCAUUGUGCUGUACACAACGUCGGCGACGUCGCUCGACGUUGCAGGAUCCACAGGCGGCCACCUCCUCGUCGGCCAGUCCUUCGGCAUCACUACCUGCAUUGCGUCUAAAGUUCUCUCGACUCGAAAGCCCCUGUGCAUUGCCAACCUGCAGUCGCACGCGAGCUACUAUCAUGCGAUGGACAUCGAUGGGCUCUUGGGCACGCGGACGAUCGGAUACAUCGCAUAUCCGAUCAUCCUGCACGGCCAGAUCCAAGGCAUCCUGGAGCUCCGUUCGUGCCACACAUCCGCUAUCGACAUCGAUCUCUUCCUCAUCUCAACUGUCGUACCAUCGAUUCAAACGAUGUGGGCAGCAAAGAAGGCGCCGCUAAAUCACACGUUGCUGCAUCGUGUGGCGUCGGCACUGUCGACAACUUCAUCGUGUCUAGCCGACGCACAUUCGCUGCGACGAAAUCAUGACUCGUCGGCCAGCCUCUUCGCCCAAAACGCCCAUGCUGACCUUCAACGCGCCCUCAUGGCUAUCCAAACCAUCACACAAGCCAACGCAGUGUAUGUGUUUGAACUGGGCGAAGGUAGUCGCAUGGUCACCACGAUAGCGUCCACGAAGCCCUUCACUCGCACUGCAUCAUCGAGCUCUGGCAAGCAAAUGGCCCACGUCGACUUUUCGGUCGUGGCGGCUUCACUAUUCCAGCACACGGCGCGGCCGCGUCGCGUGGCGCCUUUGGACGUCGUCUGGUUCCUCACGAGUGAUUCAUCGAUCCAUUGCGCCAUGGCAGUCGCGCUCGAUUCGGCGCACUGCGUCAUGUGCACUGCAGCAUCCAUGGACGCCAUGGAGCCGGAAGACAGCGACGUGUGGCUAUUUGUCAAGCCCGUCGCGGCCCAGGGAUGGGUGCUGGACCACGUCAAAUGUCGAGAAGAGAACCAAGCUGGUCUAUUAAAUCGCCUCACCGCCCUCUUGCAGUGCAACAACAUGAUUUGGCAAGCACAUGACGGCGGGACAAAGCUCGGUCUUCUGUGCACCGCUGGCGCCAACUUCUUUGGCACGUCCUUGUUUUCUUUCUACGUGUGCGACACUAUUCACAACGAGCUGUGGGCUUUUACCGAGCACGGGGUAUGUGACGCAGUGCCACUAUUGAUCGGCGCCAGCACCGUCGUUGGGGAAUGCGUACAGGCAAAUGAAGUGCGGGUGCUGAACGCAGUCACGUUGAACGCGAACCAGGCCGUGGUUGGAGCAGACGAUGGCGACGCGUCGCACUCGUGCGUGGUGCUUCCGAUUGUAGACUCGAAUGGCCACGUCAUAGCUGUGAGUCAAGCGCUGUUUCCGAUCGGCAGUGGCGGCAACCUCGACCACUUGAGCCAAUUCAAGAGCGGCACGACGGCCGUGUUUGCGACAACGGUGGCCACGAUUCUCAUGAAGAGCCCCGCGCUGCUCACGUACACCAAAUUUCAACUUGAUCGGAAGCGAAGCCGUCCCACGCAGAGGGCACGAAAUGAUUCGGCCGCCUCCUUCUUGUACGCCAGCGGGGCUCUCCGCGCCACACCGUCGCAGCGUGUCCUCCAGCCAUUCCACACGGACGCCUCGGUCACGAUGUCCGAGGCGAUCGGUCGCCUCACGCACCGCAUGCCAUGCCACCAAAACCCUCCAGCCGCGUCGUCGCCUCGACGGCGGCAAGUCGUCCCCGUCGUAGCAUCGAUUGCCACGACCGAAUUCAACGUGUUUGCGUAUUCGUUUGCGCAGCUCCAUGGCAUCCUGGCCGACAUGUUUCACAGCAUGAACCUUCUCACGGCGUUUGACAUUGCGCCAACGACAUUUGCUGCGUUCGUGGCCGCCGUUGAGCACCACCACCGGGACGUCCGGUACCACAACUUUUACCACGCCUUCUCCGUCACCCAAAUGGCGUACACGCUGCUGGCACCAAAUCCAGUCGCGAGUGUUGAAGACUUGGACUUGAUCGCGGCGUUGGUGGCGUGUCUGGGCCACGACUUGGACCAUCCUGGUCACAGCAACGAUUUUGAAGUGGCCACAGCGUCCGACCUGGCGCUGCGGUACAACGAUGUGUCUGUGCUGGAGAAUCACUCGAUUGCUGUGCUCUUUUCCAUCUUGCGAGAUCCUGUCACAAACAUUUUUGCGACGCUGACCAAAGCGCAGUACGCCGCCGCGCGAAGCACGAUCGUGCAGUGCAUCAUACACACAGACAUGCAAUAUCACGCCGACUUGGUCGCCCACUUGGCAUACCAUGUCGACGUGUCCGAGCUUGAGUUUCAAAAGCAAACGUUUCUGAAUCUUGUCGUGCAUGCGAGUGAUGUCGGCGCGCUUGGCCAUCCCCACGACGCGGUCGUGCAAUGGGUCGAUCGUAUCCUGGACGAAUUUCAAUCCCAAGCGUCCAAGUCGGUGGCCCUGGACAUUCCCCUCGCACCGCAUUUGCUUGGACUCGACGACAAGCGCACACAAUCCAUGGUCCAGCUCAACUUUCUCAACUACAUUGUGCUGCCGUUGUGGGCGAUUACGGCGCACUUGCUUCCCCACGCAAAGCCCAUACUUGAUCGCAUGUACAGCCACCGCGAGUACUUUAGUCAGCUUCUACACGACGAGUAACCUGUCGACGAAUCGAGCCCAUCGACCAAAUGGGAAAAUUAGCAUGUCA